AAUGUUUUUUUCCCCACUGACACACGGCAACUUUCGAACAGGAAACCUAUUAGACGCUGUGCCUGUCGCUUUCUCCGAGUUUAAGGCUCUUUCUGUUUGAAACAAAGGCACUUGGCAGUGUGAUUACAGACUUAGCAGGGUGUGUUUGGGGCUCAGUGCUCUAACCCAGCCAUGAGCAUCAUCGGGGCUGAGGAUGAGGAUUUCGAGAAUGAUCUGAAUGAUGUGCCGGACGACCAGUGUACAUACUUUAACAGUAUAGACCAGUUGAAGGAUCGGCCAACCCACCUGCUGGUCUUCAUGCAACAUGUCUUUUUACAGUUUGACCCAGCUCCCUUGCUGUGUUACCUCCAUGCGGAUCUCUUCAAGACCCUCAGUGCCAAAGAGACCAAGAAGCAAUUUGUGGAGUUCCACAACACCUUCUUGGACAAGGGUGCAAUUCUCAGAGUAGCAGUACCAUCUACUAUAGCCACUGAAUUGGACCGAAACCGUCCAGAUCUGCUCUCCGAGGACAUCCAAAGGCGCUAUGCUCAGGAGGUUCAGAUCCUGCAGGCUGCUGAAGUGGCCAAACAGCUGGAAGACUUCAGGCAGAAGAGGAUGAUGGGUAUGACCCCCAAUGAAGCUGAGCUGAACGACGUGGAGAGCCACUAUCCCACCGACCGCAUCCCCAUGGAGAUGAAGGAAAAGUCUGUGGCCGAGAACCUGCUGGACAAGAUGUCUGAGACACAACCAACAAUUGUCUCAGAUGAGGAAAAAUGCCAAUCCAUCUUUUCAUCGGUGGUCUUCUACAUGAAGCACCUUGGGGUCAAAACCAGGGCAGUUGACAGCAAGAAGUCUAGAGGAGGCUUCUUCAGGAGACAACUGGUAAAGAAUAAGAAGGAUGAAUCCACAAAGCCCAAGCCCAGAGGGGUGUUUCCUGGCAUCCCCAGCUGGAUUGCAGGCAACACUGAGGUCAAACCUAAAAUGGAGGCUGAAGCGGAAAAGGAGAAAGUGAAUCAGGAUCGGAAGGGUUCAGCUCCUGGCAGAGGCUGCUUGAUGGACCCUGCAGUCCUUUCCCUCCCCAGCAGGAAGUCUGGUUCAAGCGGAGGCCCCGCCUCCCUAACUGGGCAGGAUAGCAUCGAAGGCUCAGGCAACAACAUCAGCACCACCAACAGCCCCGAGUCUUCACACAUUGAUGGCCUCUCAAGCAAUCGCUUAGAGCCUCCGACCCUGUCAGAUGGGGGUGAUGUCUCCCCUGUCGGGCUGGGUGGUGCGCUGACCAUUGGGGAGCCCAUCUCACCCAGCGAAACUCCCACAGAGGAGAAUCCGGAGAAAGACAGACGGAAGACAAGUAGGAAAGUGACUCGUAGCGAGAGUGCUCGCGUGGACCGGCACUCAUCUCGUCGCCGUGGCUCUUCCCGGGCCAAACAGUCCCGCUCCCGUAGUGAUGUGGACCUCCAGCCACCUUGUACCACGGCAUCAACACCUGCCCCGCUCCUCCCCCAGCACCUCCAUCCUUUCGAGGGACCAGUUUUAGCUCCUGAAGGGCCUGGCCACUCCCCAACCAGCCCCUCCCCACAGCUGGAGGAGAUGGAGCCACGCCUCCUGGAAUUUGAGAAUGACCCACCCAACUGGAGGGAGUGUGCCUCCCCUGAAGCUCUGUCCACCCUCAGCAAGAAGGAGACCAAGAGGCAGGAGGUCAUCAAUGAGUUGUUUGCAACAGAGCAUGCCCAUGUGCGAAUGCUAAGUGUUCUUCAGAUGGUCUUCUCUAAGCCAUUGGAGAGAGAGGAGCUCCUGACCUCAACUGAGCUUUCCGCCAUCUUCCCCAACUUGGACGAGAUCAUUGAAAUGCACUAUAACUUCUACGAGAACCUGAAGAAACUGCGUGUGGAUGACAACUUCAUCGUCAAAUCCAUCAGCACCACAAUGCUCAACAGGUUUGGCGGAACAGAGGGGGAGUGGUUCCAGAAAUUGACAGCCCGGUUCUGCAGUCACCAGUCAUGGGCCUUGGACCAGAUCAAGAGCAGGCAGAAGAAAGAGCCACGCUUCAACUCCUUCAUACAGGAGGCAGAGAGUAAGCCCCAGUGCCGCAGGCUACAACUCAAGGACAUCAUUCCUAUAGAGAUGCAGAGACUGACAAAGUACCCGUUGCUGCUGGAGAAUAUUGCCAAGAGCACAGAGGACCUGACAGAGAAGGAGAGGAUCCAGCAGAGCGCAGAGUGCUGCAGAAAGAUCCUCAACCAUGUCAAUGAGGAGGUCAAAGUGAUGGAGAACCUAUUGACUCUGAAGGACUACCAGCGUAGACUAGACACGUCAGGGCUCAAACCAAGUAAUGAGCUUUAUACUGAAUACAAGAACAUUGACCUGACUCAGAAGAAGAUGCUUUAUGAAGGUCCUCUGACCUGGAGAGUCACAAAAGAGAAAGGAAUUGAGGUGCAGUGUGUGCUGCUUGGGGACCUGCUGGUGCUCCUGCAGAGGCAGGAUGACAAGAUGGUCCUCAAAUGCCAGAGCAAGAGCAACAUUGCCGUGCAGGAGGGCAAGCAGAUGCUGAGCCCCAUAAUCAAGCUAGACUCAGUCUUUCUCCGUGAGGUGGCCACAGAUCGAAAGGCCUUCUACGUGAUAUUUACCUGGGAGAGCGGUGCUCAGAUCUAUGAACUCGUGGCUCAGUCUGUUGGAGAGAGGAAAACCUGGACUGAUGUGAUAAAGUCAGCAGUGGACGAUCUGAAGAAAAGUGGAGCACCCAUGAGGCUGACGCUGCCUCCUGGAAGUGGAGGAGCUCCCUUCAGUCCCUCCACGCUGACUGCCCCUUUGAGCCCAACUGAGAAUGGAGGUUUGAAAAGCGGCAAUGAUCGAGAUAAGGACAGCUUGACGGAUGACAAAUCUGCAGACCCCAGGCACAGGCUGAUUGAUUUCCUGUCAGACAAAGGCUUCGACUUGAUAGGCCACUCAAACAGUGAUCAGGAGAAGGUUGCCAACAGUGCUUUGGAUGAAGUCAUUUUGCUGAAAAGGCUGUUGGUCGGCAGCAUCAGUCUAUCAGAAGACUCACAGCCUGAUGAAGAAAACGGAGAGGAGCAAUCACAGACGCCCAGUCAAGAAAUGGAUAGCUGUCAAUCAACAGAGGAAAGCCAGACCACAGACAGAGGAGCAGAGGAGGAGAACGAUAACACUUGUGAAAAAGAAGGCGCAGGGACGAGAGGAGAGGAGGAGAGGAGCAUCAGUGCGCCCCUGGUGUUGUCCCAGGAGAGGAUGGAGGAAGUGUGCAGGAGGCUUCACAGUCUUGAGGAACAACUAAAGAGAUUACAGACUGUAGAAGAGGAGCACCACAGGCUGCAGGAGGCCCUUUCGAAGUUCUCACUGGAGGGAGGCAACUUCCAGUAAGACACCAUCAUGCCACCUGCUGGCCACUAGGAUUUUACUGGUGCUGAUUUGAAGUGCAAGAUUGACUUUCAAAGGCUUCCCUGGAAAUUCCGAAACUUUCAUAAGUCAUGCCUGGACCCUUGCUGCCUUAAUUGUUUGUGUCACAGCUGUUUGCAGCCAAGCAGGAAGUUUUCUGCCUGUCCGAGGGGAGGGAGGGCUUUGUGCUCAGUGCGGUGGUUCAGUGAUGGAACAUGGGAGGUUUGUGCAUGUGUAUGUGUGUCUGUUUGCGUGCAUUCUUGGUAGAGAGGUAUACAAAGAAAAAAAAAAAAAAAAAAACGAGAGAUCCUUCUUUUGAUUGGGAAGUUGUAUCUGCUGAGGGGUGCCAAAGAAAGAAGCAAUAAUUUGCUGUGAGAGAGAUGCUGCCUAAUAAAAUGUAGAGAUUGCAAUGUGCUGUAACACACAUACGCACACCAAAGACAUGCACGUUACAAAAUAAAUUACAGAGUUGCCAAUAGCAGAUGUAAAGUAAUGGAGAAAUCCUAUGUUUGCUUGCCAGUUUAGCUAUACCAGGAGGAAGCCUUAAGGGGCCAAUGUAGCGUCUGAAGAUGUAUUAAAAUACUACUGGUGAUAAUAUAGUGUUAUUUCUCGUCUAUGCCAAAGUACCACAGAGAUGCACUUUUUUUCUGAUGAAAACAAGUUGAACCCACUGUUUUUGCAGUUGGACUUCAUGUAGGUGGCCCUCAUGGAAAAAAAUACCUGCAAGAAAGUGUGUGUAUGUGUGUUACAGUUUUUAAUUAAGGACGCGCUUGUUUGGAGGCUUGUUACUGUAAUUAGGUCACAUUUAAACAUUUAUAAAUACUGGCACUAUAGGUAAUCGUGCUGUUAAUAAUGGAGACUUGUUUGUAUGUACUGCUUUUAUUUAUUCCUCUGAGUCCUGUUAGGUCAGUGAGAUGCUUCGCCAGAGUAAAACUGUUACAGCACUAGGCCAAAAAGAGAGAGCAACAUGUUAGAGAAAAGACAAAACAUAAGAAGGCAGACCUAGAAUGUGUAACAAAGAUCAAGGUAGAGAAUGAAGAAGGCAGAUGUAUGGAUGAGGAGUGAGUUUAGAGGUUGUUGUUGCUUUGGUUUAUUUGAAGCCAGCUUGAACCAGUGAGAAGCUUUGUAGAAAACAUGAGAUUAGGAUUUGCACUUACCGUACUGAAGAAAAAUUUGGACGCACACAUGCGCGCGCAUAUACACUUAUGCACACUGAGGCCCCAGUGUUACAGAAGUGUUCACAAAGAUGGCUCAGUGUCAUUUCUGUAGCAUUAACUCCCCCCAGAUAGGGCUCAGAGUUCCUGAUCCAAAAAGUGGAUUUAAGAUGGGUUAGAAAUUGUAUUAUAUUUACGUUAAAUUCACGUGUUAUUAGUGAAAAAAAAAAUCUGUUCUUCCCUGGUAGCAAUAUUUGUAUCAAAACUAAGCUCUGUCUUUGUAUUUUAUUCAGCAGUUGAUUGUAAUUAUAAUUAUGAUGAUAUAGAUUCUGAGUAGUGGCAUAACUGUGGCCAUGUACACAGGACCAAAGACAUAACAAAGCAACGUGAGAUCCUCAUAUGAGCUGUAAUUUUUUUAAUGACAUGUUUCAUCUGUAUAUUAGCAUGUCACGUAAUGCUGAUGCAGGAGCCAUGGCGCAGUAGCGCAGCCUGCAUUCAGCAGCUGCUCUUCCGCCCCCCAAACUCCAAAAUGUGGCAACUUAGGUGAAGGGAUUUCAAAAGCACGCAGAUGAAAGGAGGAUUGGUCGUCAAUAAAAAAUACCUGGUUAACUGACUGUACAAGAAUAAUGUUGGACUGCUCUAGCUUUAUGUCCAUACCCAAACAGAGUCUGUAGAUCUGUGGAUUCUUGCAUACGCGUCAGUGACCUUCAUCAACGCAAAAUCAAUGAAAAGGUUUCUUCAGUAUCUGUGUAGGUCAGUCAGUGUAGGAGAAAGCCGGUGGGGCUGUCACAAGCUGUUCUGUUUCUGACCUGGACAUGGCACUGUUAACACCUAGUGCUCAACUGAACACAUGGGACCCGCUCCAGCAGCAGAAAAAGGAAAAAGCAACAAGGUAGUGAAGCCGGAUGAAGAUACAAAGGAAACAUUGAAGGUUUGGAGGAAGGAAGACUACAGUCUCAUUCCACCAUCACUCUUACCAGUACUGUAAUCAUGAUCACUUCCUGAAAUGCAUUCUCAUUGUUGUUGCCACAACAACAAAUGCCCCCUCUGACCCUACUGAACCUCAGUAUGAGAUUAUGCAAAUGAUAGUGCCAUGAGUCAAUAGAGUGUCACAAGUUUCUAAAUGAUUUAUGUUUGUGUUUGAACUUUACUGCCACCUCUCCCUGUGUCUUCCUCUUAGAAAUUGUACAUAAAUGUUAUCUUGAAGGAGAAAAAUGUAGAGAAAGUAUAAAUUAGAUAAAUUACCCCCCCUCUUUGUGUAACAGAUAUGAUAGACAGACAAAUACACCUUUUGAUAACACCCUCACCUCUUGUGAUAGCAUGAUCCCCUUUUCCUACGGCAAAGUUUUUCCAUAUGUUGUGUAUUUCAUUUCAUGUACUUAAACGGUUCGGGGAGGUUUUUGUAACGUUUUUCCUUUCAUUGUUUUUCAAAGGAGCUUUUGUAAUAAUGUACUAUGCAUUGGCUGUAAUGGUGGGAGAGACAGAGUUUGUCUGUAACUUGUCUAUGCAUGAACAAAUUUAACUAUUGUGCAAAUGUUGUAACCAUGGCAUAUUCUUUAGAGUGCAAGUUAAUGUGCAAGCCCACACUGUGCUGCAGCUAUCCAGCAUACCAAUGGGAUGCAUUUAAAGAGACAAUCUCAAC